AUGUAUCAAAUCCUCCUCAUUGCCUUCUUCUUGAUCUCAAUCGCGACCGCUCAAUACCCUCCCAUCUCGAACCUCACAACAAUCCUCUCGCCGGUCGAUGGAAACAUAACAAUCUCCUACAAAUCACCGCCAGCAGGCACCUGCAAGACCGCUUUUCCAAAUCAGCAGCAGUAUACAGGCUGGGUGAAUAUACCGGGAAGUUAUUCGACCAACACGUUCUUUUGGUUCAUUGAAGCCCGCGAUCCGACAGACAAGCUUACAAUAUGGCUCAAUGGAGGACCUGGUUCGAGCUCGAUGAUCGGGCUGUUUACGGGAAAUGGACCUUGUGAGGUUGUUGAGAAUGGCCGAGGGAAGUUCAUCACCAGGGCCAGAGAGUUUGGUUGGGACAGAGGGUCGAACAUGCUGUACAUCGAUCAGCCAAACCAAGUUGGAUUCUCCUAUGAUACUCCCACCAAUUGCUCGCUCGAUCUUAUGACUUCGAACAUAUACACUCCGUCGCAGGCACUUCCAAAGUCACAGCCUGCAUAUACUUUCCUAAAUGGCACGUUCAGUUCGUUGAACCAAAACAACACCGCAAACACUACAGCCAUUGCUGGAAUGGCAAUUUGGCAUAUGCUCCAGGGAUUCUUAGGAGCAUUUCCACAAUACCGGCCAAACGAUACGGCCGUUGGUGUCCACUUGUUUGCGGAGAGCUAUGGAGGAAAAUAUGGCCCUGCGUUUGCAACACUAUGGACGCACCAAAACAGACUACGAUCCAAUGGUACUCUGUCCCAAAAUGGAACCAUCGAUAUCAAGCUCGCCUCUCUCGGUAUUGUGAAUGGAUGCGUGGACGAUCUUAUACAAGCUCCUUACUAUCCAGCUUUUGCAAUGAACAACUCAUACAAUUUCGAGGCCCUCAACCCUACUAGAGCUAGCCUCGCAGCUGCAAGCUUUUCCGCUCCUGGAGGCUGCGCACAACUGAUCGCUACUUGUCGCACAGCUGUCGCUAGUCAAGACCCCGAAAAUGACGGAGAUGUGGCCGCCGUCAAUAAAGCAUGUCAAACUGCAUACUUGAGCUGCACUCAAAAUGUAAUGCAGCCCUACGCAGACUCCGGUCGAAGUUAUUACGAUAUAACGCACUUUCUCCCCGACUCGUUCCCACCAAGCACGUAUUUAGAAUACUUAAAUACUGCGGAGUUCCAGGCUGCUAUUGGAUCUCCUGUCAAUUACACAGAAACCAAUACUCAGGUUGUCAAUGCCUUCACGUCCACAGGAGACUAUGAGCGUCAAGCCCUGGUUCCUGAUCUUGCCGCCCUUCUUAGAUCUGGAGUUCGGAUUGGGUUCAUGUACGGGGACCAAGAUUAUAUAUGUAAUUGGCUCGGUGGUGAAGCUAUCUCCUUAGCCGUUGCUGCCCAAACAUCCGCGUCGUAUGCAUCGCGCUUCCCGGCUGCUGGAUAUGCUCCUAUCAUCACAAAUAGUUCUUAUGUUGGAGGUGCAGUGAGGCAAUACGGAAAUCUGUCAUUUAGCCGUGUCUACGAUGCCGGACAUGCAGUUCCAGCUUACCAACCCGAGACGGCCUUUGAGAUCUUCGCUAGAAUCAUGUCAGGGACCUCGGUUUCCACUGGCGAGAUCAUCAACCCUUCCGUGUACAACACAAGUGGUACCCCGAAUUCCACCUACACGCAAACCCUCCCUGAUGCUCCAUCGAAUACCUGCUACCUUCGUAAUGUCGGAUUGACGUGUAACGAAAAUCAAAAGAACAUGAUACUUGCUCAAAAGGGAACUGUUAUCAAUGGCGUCCUCUACUCCAAUUUGGAAGAAUACAGCUCAAUUGCCUCCUCGGCGGCUGUAGCUGUGCCAACCAAUGCGGUUGGCACUUCAACAGUUUCUUUCACUACGACGCAAGUCCUAACAGGUCUUUUCACGGCUACUGCAACACCAAGUCCAACUAGGAAGUCUCUAGGCCUCUCCAGUUCUCCUAACCUUGCGACACUUGGGAGCUUUAUACUUGGUGCUUUUAUAUUACUGCUCACUUGA